AUGGUGAAGCUGGACGCCAGCCAGCUGCGCUACCUGACACGCGACCACUUUCGCGCGCUCACCGCCGUGGAGAUGGGCAUGCGAAACCACGAGCUGGUGCCGCGGGCGCUGGUGUACUCGAUCUCGGGCAUCAACAACGGCUCCUCCAUCAACUCCGUCCUCCUCUACCUGUGCGACAAGAAGCUGCUCACCUUUGAGCGCGGCAAGCGGUACGACGGCUACCGGCUGACCUACAGUGGUUACGACUUCCUGGCGCUCAAUGUCCUCCGCGCCAGAGGCGUCAUCUCCUCCAUCGGCAACCAGAUCGGCGUCGGCAAGGAGUCGGACGUCUACGUCGCCUCCAACGACGAGGGCCGCCUCUUUGCGGUGAAGUUGCACCGCCUCGGGCGGACCUGCUUCCGCAAGGUCUCCGAGAAGCGGGACUACCAGCGGAAGGGCGCCUCCCACAAGGCGGCCAGCUGGAUCUACCUCAGUCGGCUGGCGGCCAUUCGCGAGUACGCCUUCAUGAAGCUGCUCCACGAGCGGCAGCUGCUGCCCAUUCCCGAGCCGGUGGACUACAACCGGCACGCCAUCGUCAUGGAACUGAUUGACGGACGACUGCUGAAUCACAUCAGUCGGGAGGAUUUAGUUGGAGAAGAUGGAAAUGAGGAGAAGAUCGAGCAGCUCUACGAGAAGCUGAUGGCCAUCAUCAUGAAGCUAGCCAAUGAGUUCGGCGUCGUCCACGGCGACUUCAACGAGUUCAACAUUCUGCUGCGCAACAAUGAGGGCCGCGACCCGGUGAUGAUCGACUUUCCGCAGAUGGUCUCAGUGGGCCACGAGCUAGGGCCGACGUACUUUGAGCGGGACGUCGGCUGCAUCGUCGACUUCUUCGUGAAGCGCUUCAACUUCGAGUCGGACAGUGCACCGGCCUUUGAGGCGCUGGAGAUUUCCGAAUCAACUAGCGAGCUAAAGCAGCUCGCCGACCUGCUCGACGACGAGGCGACCCUGCUGCAGCACAUUGAAAAGGAGAAAGGUGGUGGCGGUGAUGGUGGUAAAUCCGAAACACUUCAAGAAGAGGAGGUCCAACAACAGCAAACUCUCGCAGAGCCUCAGGACAUGCUCUCCAAGUUCCUCAACAGUCUGCCCAGCAGCAGCAACCACAACACCAACAGCACAGAUAAAACUGGAAAAAUCGAGGAGUCCUCGCCGCCGCUCUACUACGAGCAGAUGAACGACGCGCUGAUCGCCGAGGCGCAGGAGAAGCUGCUGCUCGAGGGCGGCAAGCUCGCCGAGCUGACGCUUUCCAGGGAGGCUGAAGAGCGUGACACCUUCCCCGAAGACCACA